AAACACACUGAGUGCACACUGCACGUGUAUUUUAAGUAUAAUUUAUACUAAUGAUAUUUUCUCGAUAAUCAUAUUAAGAAUUAUACAUCAUGAUUCAAACUCCAAAACUUGGGGAUGAACUCCCAGGUUUUGAAGUACCUAUAAAUGAAGAUUCUGAGAAAAGCUCAGUGUCUAACAAAAAGCAAAAAAAGAGUUCUGGAGGUUUUCAGUCAAUGGGUCUGAAUUUUCUAGUACUCAAAGGUAUAACUAAAAGAGGAUAUAAGCAACCGACACCUAUCCAGCGAAAGACAAUUCCUAUAGCACUAGAUAACAAAGAUGUAGUGGCAAUGGCCCGCACUGGAUCUGGUAAAACUGCCUGUUUUGUCUUACCAAUUCUCGAAAAACUUAUGGCUCCUGUACAUAAAUCUCCUCAGGGAAAAAAUUUAAGAGCUCUUGUUCUUUCUCCUACGAGAGAAUUAGCUUUGCAGACAUUAAGAUUCAUGCGGGAACUAGGCAAGUUCACGGGACUCACUUCAGCAGCUAUUCUUGGUGGUGAAUCUAUUGAACAACAAUUUGGAGUAAUGUCGGGUGCUGCUCCUGACAUUGUUGUUGCUACACCGGGUCGUUUUUUACAUAUAUGUAUAGAGAUGAACCUCAAAUUGGAUAACAUAAAAAUUGUUGUAUUUGAUGAAGCAGAUAGAUUAUUUGAGCUUGGAUUUGGAGAACAAUUACAAGAAAUAGUUGCACGACUGCCAACCAAUCGUCAAACUCUUCUAUUUUCUGCAACACUACCUAAAAUGUUAGUGGAAUUUGCUCGUGCUGGUCUCAGUGAUCCUGUCCUAAUCCGAUUAGAUGUUGAUUGGAAAUUACCUUCAACAUUAUGGCUCGGCUGGAUAUAUGUUAGAUCUGAAUUGAAAACAGCAGCCUUGUUAAUGUUAUUAGAUAGAGUUAUAACUCCUACCACCCCACAAGCUGUAGUUUUUGCAGCAACUAAACAUCAUGUGGAAUACUUGUAUUUGAUACUUCAACAAGCUGGCUUCUCAUCAACAUAUGCCUAUUCUGGUCUGGAUGCUUCAGCCCGAAAGAUUGCUCUUGGAAAAUUUAUGAAUAAAAAAUGCUCUGUUCUUUUGGUAACUGAUGUUGCUGCAAGAGGAUUGGAUUUGCCAUCAUUAGAUACAGUCAUCAAUUACAACUUUCCUGCAAAACCAAAGCUUUUUGUCCAUAGAGUUGGUCGCAGUGCACGCGCGGGGCGCGCGGGCCGUGCGCUGUCGCUGGUGUCUGCCGAAGACGUGGCGCACUUACUCGAUUUGCACCUCUUCCUUGGCACGCAACUCAUUUCUCCAGAUGAGAUAACAGAAUGUGGAGACGAGUGUCCUAGCGGCGUGUGGGGAAGCUUACCCAUCAGCGCGCUGGAACUCAGGCACCAGGAUGUCAUGACCUGGGAGAAGAACAUCUCAGAGAUUGAGGAGGCGAGUCGCGUGUGCGGGCGCGGCUGGCAGCAGUACGUGCGCUGGCGGGAGGCCGCGUCGGCGGAGGCCAACCGCAGAGCCAAGGCCACGCCGCCGCCCGCGCGCCCGCACCCCUUCCUGCGCGACCGCCACGAGCGCGUCGGCGCCGACCUCGCCGAGCAGAUCCGAAACUACACGCCGAAAGGAACAAUUCUUGAGCUGACGGGAAAACAGGAUUCACCGAUGUACCUCGCCAUGAAAGCAAAGCGACGCGUGCACGGAAAAACUAUUCAGAAAACAAGGGAAAAUAAAAAUCAACAGGGAGAUGGAAUAUUAGAAGACAAUAUCAACACGAAUGCCAAUAACGGUAACGAUAUUCACAAAGCGGCAGGUGUAAAGAAAAAGAAAAAGAUCGUACAACGCGAUGAAAACUAUAUACCUCAUUUUGCUAGCGACCAACAUACAGAGGCCGGCAUGGCGGUGAACUUCGCGUCGAGCGCGUCGUCGGCGGAGCUGGAGCUGCGCGGGGACAGCGAGGUCGGCCUGCGCCAGCGCCGCGCGCAGCUGCGCUGGGACCGGAAGCGCAAGCGCAUGGUGCACGUUGACCCCGACGGCGGUCGCAAGAUGAUUCGUACGGAGAGCGGAGGGCGCGUGCCGGCGUCGUUCCGCAGCGGCCGGUACGACGCGUGGCGCGCGCGCAACGCCACCGACGACCACGACGACGAGCACGACGGCCAACGCCCGAAAUCAGUGUCAGAAUUCCGACCGCGCUGGGUAAAACACAACGAACGUGUGGCUAAGAAGAAAUCGGAGGCAUCUUCGAAAGAAUUCCGCGAUAAACAGCAGAUUGUGAAGGAGCGCUUGCGUAAAGAUAAAAUUAAGCAAAAGCUUAAACAUAAAAAGGGUCUUAAGAAGAAAAAGAAGUAAACAUAGUAAGAUUUUCCUAUUAAAGUUAUAUUAUAUAUUU